UGUUAAUUGACAUUAAUUGUUUAUUGAUCAAUUUUACGAAAGAUUGGAUCAUUUUAUUGAUACAAAGAAAAGGCUCAGAGAUGCAAUUCUUCAUAGUUCUAUUGCUACUCGGUUCCUGUGUUAUGCUGAGCAGAGGUAGACCUGCACGCCUAGAGGACACCAACGACAGUGAGACAGCAGAGGUUGAGUAUGAAGGAAACGAUGACACGGCUGCUGAAGAUUAUCUUCGCGAGGACCAAGAACCUACGAUGGAAGAGGCUCAACAAAAAUAUGGUAGACGUGAAGAUGUUGAGCAGGAGUCCCAAGAAGAAGGUGACGCACGUGACUCCGAAGAUGCCUCCGAUCAACAGCCUGCACAGGAUAAAUAUUCAUAUGACUCACUUUCAGAUAAUAAUUCGGGCUCUCGAAAAGAAAGAGAACGUCACGGAAUUACAAAUUUUAACACUGAAAGUGAAAGGGAUUACAUUUCCGAAAGAGAACGCUCAAGAAAAUCCCAACAAUUUGAUGAAGCAGGCAAUGCACCUAAUAAUUUUUACUCUCGUUCCCAUAACAAUCGACCACUGAAGGAUUUAUCCAUAAACGGGAGACCCGUAGACACCAAUCCUGAAUAUGGUGAUAUGUUAUUUAAAAUGAAACCUGCUGUAACAAGCAGACAACAAAAUGGUUUAGCUGAAGAAGCGGGUGAACAAUCUCGUACACAACAAUACUAUAAUAAUAUGCACUCAAAAAGUAGGGUCCAGGAGAGUGAAAAUACUAUGAAUUAUGAUAGAGAUCGACGUCAUGCACAAAGUGUCGAAGAUAAACAAACUGAUUCUACUCGCACGCCUGACGACAAACAGGAAGCAGACAUUACAAACGAGAACAGUGAAAUUGAUAUCAUAAGAAAUAUCAAAAAACUUUCGGAACAAGACCUAGAAGAAUUACUGAAUUCUCUUCCUGAUGACAAAAAGGCACUUUUGAUGAAAAUAAUGGACAAAAGAGAAAUUACGAAAAAAGCUGGUGCGGUCGAUGAAAGUAGUUAUUUAGAGGGAGGUCAACCUGAUACGAGCAAACUAGAAGGAGGGUAUUCAGUAGAUUCUAACACAGAAUCUUCAAUGACUACUACUGAUACAAGUAAACAAACUGAAAAUAGCGAUAAUUUGAGCUCUAAAUCUCCUGAUAAUGAAAAUGACUCGAGAGGAUCUGGAAGUAAAUCUGAAAUCAUAAAUAACACUGACGUGAAAAACAGUGAACCAGCCAUUCGAAUAGAAAGUGAAAGUUCUAAUACAGACUCAAAAAAUGAUGUGAAUAUUAAUUCCGAUGCUGAGCAAAUUUCUAAAAACGAGAAACGUGAAACUAAUUAUAAAGACUUGACAAAUGAAAAAAUGUCUUCAGAAGAUUCUCAAAUCUCAGAUAAUCAGUUUGAUGAUAUUUCAGUUAAUCAAGACGACCAGUGUUCUGAAAAUGAAGAUUGGAUUGACACUAGGUUGAAUGAACCUAUAGAAAGUAACGACCGUAGUGGCACAUCAAAAAGAGAGAUUUUUCAGAGCGAGCCAUUAGCAAAUCAGGAUUGUGUAAAGUCAUUAGAAGAAUCAUUUCCUGCUGCCAACUCCUACGAAGAUAAUAAUCUAGAAUCAGAGAUGGCGCCUUUAAUAAGAGUGAAGAGAACUGAAAAAGACCAUCAUAUUAAAAAAAGAAAUUCGUUACUACCAUCCGACGCAAAAGUGCACUAUGCUCCUAGAGUUGAAAGUGAAGAUAAUGAAAAUGAAGAGAAAGGUGAAUUCGAGGAUUACGGAAUGCUCGAUCGUGCUACCAAUUUUAUAAGAAACGGUCAGGAAGGCAAAUUAAACAAAGAUACUGUUUCAGCCAACAGCAACAUACAAAAUCGAUAUUUACAAUGUGAUAAAAGUGAUUCAGAAUUACGUCCAUGUGGCGUCUCACAUAAGAAAGAUAAAUUGAGCCUCGGGUCAGAUACUGAUAACGUACUUUCAGGUAUAGAGGGAGUAGACGAUAACUUAAUGUACAAUAGUGGAUCACGUGGAAAGAGAACUCUCAAAAGCUCGAAUGAUAAUACUGGCAAAAUAAACUUGAACCGAAAUGGUCGUACAGUUGGACCAAUGAACGAUGCCGUAACUGACAAUUCCAUAAAUGCAUCUCAGUACCAAGAUGAUGAAGCUUUUGGAUCUUUAACGAAUAAUUCUGAAGAAGACGUCAGUCGGUUUAAAAGGGUAAGGCAAGUUAAGGAUUCCCAAAAAUGAUUUAGUAGGUACCUACUUAUAACAAACCCUUAAUUUUUAUUGAUAGACU